UUUCUCUACUGAUGACUCCGCGAAGACACGGUGGUGGUGAUGAUGAUGAUGGUGAUGAGGGAGCGUCCGCGGUGAAGGACAAAAAGGAACUCGCGCGCGGAUGAAUGACGCUCCAAGGGCGUUGAGGUGAGCAGCAUGGAGGACGGAGGGGACACAGCGCGCGCUCUCAACACCGGAUGAAGGAAGCGAGCGACCUUCACCUUUCUAAACGACACGCACGCGAAGUCACGCUCUUGUGUGUCCCGACACUUCAGUAACUCUGUGUGCGUGUGUGUGUGUUUUAUAGUUUCGGUGAGGCAGUGUAACAGGUCAGUGUGUGUGACCUCACGCACCAUGGAUGGAGCAGUGGGCGGGACCAUGGGCGGGGCCUCAUCGGACCCUCGGCCUGUGCGUAACGGAGACACGAAGCGGCGCAGUAAGGGGAGUUUACCCUCUCCCGGUUUCCGUCUCUCUCAGGCGUCUCUGGAUGGCGAGGUGGCCCCGAGACGCCGCCCAUCCGUCAUGAGCUCGUCACGAGACGGCACCAGUACGUUCCGGUCCGGCACGGCAGCAGGCACGCCCACCACACCUGGCCCACCUGGCUCCGCGCCCUCUGCUGGCGGGCCGCGCACUGUGGGAUUUGCUGCGUCCCGUGCUGCCCUCGCAUCCACCUCGUCCUCUGGCACAGGCGUGGUGGUGAUAGCUGCUGGAAGCGGGGUCACAGGAGGGGCGGAGCCAACCACCACCAUGACAACUGCAGCCGGAAGUCCAGAUGUUGUUCCUGGACUGGACGGAGAGGAUUAUUACAGCUACUCAAACCAGUCAACGUUUAUGCAGCGGCAGCUCGGCGCCAUGUUACAGCCUGGAGUCAACAAGUUCUCACUGCGUAUGUUUGGAUCCCACAAAGCUGUUGCUCUCGAACAGGAACGACUGAAGAGUGCCGGUGUGUGGAUCAUCCACCCAUACAGUGACUUCAGGUUUUAUUGGGAUCUCCUGAUGCUUCUGUUGAUGAUGGGGAACUUGAUCAUCCUUCCAGUGGGGAUCACAUUCUUUAAGGAUGAGAACACGCCACCGUGGAUCAUCUUCAAUGUGGUGUCAGACACAUUGUUUCUGGUGGACCUUGUGCUGAACUUCAGGACCGGCAUUGUGAAGGAGGACAGCACCGAGAUCAUGCUCGACCCCAAAGCCAUCCGCCGCCACUACCUAAGGAGCUGGUUCGCUGUCGACUUCAUCUCCUCUAUCCCUGUCGACUACAUCUUCCUCAUGGUCGACCUGGAGGAGCGCCUAGAUUCUGAGGUGUAUCGAACGGCUCGAGCUCUGCGCAUCGUUCGUUUCACAAAAAUCCUCAGCCUGCUGCGCCUGCUCCGACUGUCUCGCCUCAUUCGAUACAUCCACCAAUGGGAGGAGAUCUUCCACAUGACGUAUGACCUGGCUAGUGCGAUGGUGCGGAUCGUUAAUCUCAUCGGGAUGAUGUUGUUGCUGUGUCACUGGGAUGGCUGUCUGCAGUUCCUUGUCCCCAUGCUGCAGGACUUCCCACCUGAUUGCUGGGUCUACAAGAACAAUAUGGUGAACGACUCGUGGGGUGUGCAGUACUCAUACGCUCUGUUUAAGGCAAUGAGUCACAUGCUCUGUAUAGGCUACGGUGCUCAGGCUCCAGAGGGAAUGACUGAUGUUUGGCUAACAAUGCUUAGCAUGAUCGUGGGAGCAACAUGUUAUGCCAUGUUCAUCGGCCAUGCCACUGCUCUGAUCCAAUCACUGGACUCCUCACGGAGACAGUACCAGGAAAAGUAUAAGCAGGUGGAGCAGUACAUGUCCUUUCACAAACUUCCAGCUGAUGUGAGACAGAAGAUCCAUGAGUAUUAUGAGCAUCGCUAUCAGGGGAAAAUGUUUGACGAGGAGAACAUCCUCGGGGAACUAAGUGACCCACUAAAGGAGGAAAUUGUGAGCUUUAACUGCCGCAGUUUGGUGGCUAACAUGCCGCUGUUUGCUAACGCGGAUCCAAACUUCGUGACUGCAGUCCUCACUAAGCUGCGCUUUGAGGUGUUUCAGCCCGGAGACUUCAUCAUUCGUGAGGGGACCGUCGGCCGAAAGAUGUACUUUAUUCAGCAUGGCCGAGUGAGUGUCCUCACCAGGGGAAACAAGGAGACCAAACUCAGCGAUGGAUCAUAUUUUGGAGAGAUCUGUCUCUUGACCCGUGGCAGGAGGACAGCGAGUGUGAGAGCUGAUACCUACUGUCGUCUUUACUCUCUGAGUGUGGAUAGUUUUAACGAGGUUCUAGAGGAACACCCGAUGAUGAGACGAGCGUUUGAAACAGUCGCAGCUGAUCGACUAAACCGCAUUGGUAAGAAGAACUCCAUCCUCUUGCGAAAGACGUCUCAGGGUGGCUCAGUGGCGAGCAGCACUCUGGGCCGUGGAGGUGGGCCUGGGACUGGGGGUGGAGCCAGCAGUGGCCGUGGAGGUGCUGGAUCCUGUGACAGCAUUUUAGUGCAGCAGAUUGUCAAACAUGACAGCAUGCCAGCCAUGCAGGAUGUUGCUACUGGUAACUGGAUUGGGGGUGCAGGAGGGACUGUGGCAGGGAGUAUGUCCUCACACCCACGACCAGUGAUCUGGGCUCCAUUAGUUCAUGCCCCCUUACACACUGCAGCAGCUGCCUCGAAUGUUGCCAUUACUCUUCUACAGCAGCAGCAGCAACAACAGCAGGGCAUGUUUCUUCCCUCCCCCCUCUCAAUCUGCCCCACUCCCCUACCUAUUUGCCCCUCCCCUGUUCCUAUUUGCCCCUCCCCCUCCUCUUGCCCCCUCUCACCUCCACGUGCCCCUAUUCUGCCACCCCGCCAGUCCCUCAGUGCUAUCAUAACCCCCCGUGGCGGCCACACUUCCAAUACAUCAACUCCUUCCCCUUCUACAGCAGGCCCACCUAUUAUCGGUGGAGCAGGAGUCACCAAAACACCUUGCACUCCCAUGUCAUCAGUCCCCACCCCCUUUCAGGCCAGCAGGACUCUGCACAACAACCUCCGCCUUCAGACAGAACCAAGUGUUAUGGUAGGGGGGGGCACUAAUACAUUACCUCUCCAGAAAGUCUUGCCCCCUUCCUCCGGAGCCAAAGAGGCUCUGAUGCGUCACGUUGGAGGUGGGAGCACACAGGGCCUCCCCUCUUUGGGCCGUCUGACCCAGGAGGCACGUCUACUCUCUGCCUCUCAGCCUACCCUUCCCCAUCGUGGUUGGCCACACCCUCCUCUCCAUAGAAAAGCUUCUGGGGGAAACUUACUCCCUGCUCCUUUUGUGAUGUCACAGGCUCAGUUUGCAUGGGGGGGCAGUGCAGGAGUGCUUAGUUCUCACAAUCCGCAGGUGCAGAAAAUACCUGCACAGACAUCUUUGCCCCUUCCCUCUCCACUCACACACACACAAUCAGCCACACAGGCCACUCCCCCUCCCACUGGCUCCUCCCCUCCAAAAACACAUGCUUCUUACUCUUCAGCUCAUGCAUCUCCAGCCUCAGGUCCUGCUUCUUCUGCUCCACUGAUGCCCCAAACUCAGCAUCCAAAACCCGUCCCUACACGGUCCUCCCCUUCCCCUACUUUCUCUACUAUGGAUACGCCCACUUAUUCUAACCCAGCCCCCUUGGUUCCACCCCAAACUCAGAGUAGUAAGCCCUCACCCACUUCCCCUUCUCAGCCUCAGAGUCCUCGUUCAAAACUUUCUCAGACUCCUCCUCCACCUUCUCCAUUAUCCUUCACUCCAUCUGCAACUCCGUCACACACUCGUACCCCAACCCCCAUUCACACACCUGCUCCAACACCAACACACACUCAAGCUCCACCCCCAAUCCCAGUUCCCACCCAAACCAGGACAAACACUCCAGCUCAGACUCCAACAAGCUCAGCGAUGCAGACCCAAAUAACAAAUCAGACCCAAACCGUUUCUGUUUCAUCUCCUUCCGAAACCUCUGUGCAGAUGCCAAAUGUACUUUCUCCACCUACCCAAAGCCCAAUUCAAACCCAGACGCAAACCCAAACUGCAACCACGGCCCAAACUCAAACCCAAAUUACACCUCAAACUCCACCAUCUGUUUCAGCUCUGUCCCAUAUUUCAGCCACCCAAAUUCAAAGCAAGGGGAUACCACCAACCAACACCACUCAAAUGUCAGCUCAAGAAAAUACAGCCAGGUCUCCACUCACUCAAAGCCCGACCCAAAUGCUGAUGCAAACCCAAACUCCCUCCAUGGCUCAAACCCUGAGUUCUCAUCAAACGCCAUCCUCAGCACAAACUCAGAGUUCUACUAAAACUCCAAUCACAGCCAAAGCUCAGAGUUCUACUAAAACUUCAACCACAGCCCAAACUCAGAGUUCUACUGAAUCUACUUCCCAAAACCCAACUCCAACCCAAUCCCAAAACACAAGCCCAGUUCCAAACCAAACUCUAACACAAACUCCUUCAUUCAAAUCUUCAUCAUUUCCACCUCUAUCACAAAAAGCAUCCUCUUCAACACUUCAAAUCCCCAAAGCACCCCAAACUCCCACUCAGCCUCCAUCCACCCUCCAAACUCCACAGCCUUCUUCCGCCCUCUGCCCUUCCUCACCACAGUCUACUACACCUUCUUCAAACCCACCUUCAGUCUCACCAGGACUUCAAUCCACUGCAGCUCCAGAUUUAGGGGCCUCAAACACUGCUUCCUUCACGUCGUCCAUGUCAGGGAAAUCAGACACCGCCGCACUGCCAUCACAGAAAGAAUCUGACGCACUAAGACACAAGCUUCCCGCUAACAUGUAAAGGGUCAUAGGUCAUCGCAGCAGAUGAUAAGUUAGAGGUCAUUAUGUGUUAGUGAUUGUAAGCAGCAGGUGUGGGAGCAGAGCUGGAAAGAGCACAUGACAUUUCUUUCACUGUUCAUUAAGUGCACGCUAUACCCAAAAUUCUUAUAAAGACAGUGAACACUUAGAGGAGAAUGUAAUCGUGAUUUGGAAAUCAACUGGUCAGCAGCUGCAGUGAGUGGGGAACACUUUUUCACUUUUAUUCAUUAAAAAUUAAAUUAUAAUGAACCUGUGAUGAUCUGAACAACAGCUUACACAUUCAACACUGGAGGAUGUACAAGGUAAAGAAGUGUGAUGUCAUUAUUUUCUAGCUCUGCCCCCUUCAGUCACCUUUUAUUCACCAAAGUGUAAUAUAAUGUAAAUAAUAAUACAAAUAAUAGUAAUGAUUAUUAAUAUAAAUAGGCAAAAAAAAAAUUCUGUACUAAUUAGGAGCAAUCCAUUCAUGGUGUCUCGUCUCAGGUGUUCAGUGUUAGUUUGAGACAGUGCAGCUCUAGUGUUCUUGUACACACACACACACAUACACACACACACACACACUCACACACUACUGUGGUUACUGUGUGUUUUUGGUGUGCAGAAAUGUAGUUCCACACAGCUCUGUAAAUAUAACAGCUUCUCUGUUGGUCUGUGAAACACACUGAGGCCCUGUUCCAAUACUGGAACACUUCCCCUAGACCACUUGGUUAAGUGGUUAAGUCCCCUCAGACGUCUUACUGGUUGUUGCCAUAAUCUGGCAGCUUAGCGAAAUGUAUAAAGCAGUGAUCAGAGCAAACAAGAAUAAAAGAUGAUCUCUUUGUACUUAGUGCUCACAGUGGACUUUACCAGUUGGAAAAAAAAAAGUUAGGACUCACUCAUUAUCACGAGCAAGGGAUAGUUUUUGAUUGUAUGUUCAGGUUAGGUGUGCCUUCAUGUGCAAUUAUCAGUAUACUGCUAAGUCAUAAAUUCUAAUAUACGUGUUUAAGAAGCUAUACUAAGUUUUUUGACUUGUUGCUGAACUUUAUGCUUUCAUCGUGGAGGAAGAUAUGGUUCUGGUUCCUUACUGUUCAAAAUCAAGCUCACAUCAGGCUCACAUCUCUGAUUAUCUACAUUUUUACAAUGGGAAAAGACCAGCGUAGGCCAGGCUAGCUAAAUAGCUAACAAUAACAGUGCAGCUAUACUCAUACAAGGUCAUGGUCCACGCUAACUGUCCACUAUUAUGCUAAUACUCACUAUUUUUUAUUUAACUGAGUUCAUGAAUUGUGACACAAUGUUGAUAUUUCACAAUAUGGUUAAACACAUUAUUUGUGUUAGUGGUGAUACUAAGUUUAAAGUUAGUGUAAUUCUAGUCUUGUCUUAUUACUUGACUAACACUGAGGGAAGUACUGAUGUUCCAGAUGGUUCUGUCUCGUUUCCACACUCACUGUGUCUUUCCACUCUCUCUAUAAAACACUUAACUUUAGGUUACACAUUCUAGCUACCUAAUUUACAGCAACAGCAAGGUCUCUUGUCUCAGUUGCCUAGCAACAGUGUUUCACAAGUUUAACACCCUGAAUGAUAUCAGGUCAAAAUCACAAACAUGUUAACAUUAGGGAAGUGGACGUGGGUACAGUGGAGACAAUACUGCAACGUUGAGUUAGUGUUUCGACUGUGUCAUUCAUCUCCAUCUGUAUGAUCAACACAUACACACACACACACACACACACACACACACACACAGUGGUUGGAUGUAUUAGUACAAUUAGCAGUCUCUUUUCUAAACCAGGCUGCCUAUAGUGUGUGCACUUAUGGACCAAAUGAGUUUUAUUUUUCUGUUGGGGAGAGGGGAUGAGGGCUGGUGUGGAGGUAUUUGGUGAAUUUUGGUGCAUAAGGUGAUGUUAAAAAGAAUAAAGACAGUUUAGAAUCAGUGUGCUGCAAGACCUUUCUCUCUCUCUCUCACAUUUUCUCUGUCUCUGUCAUCACACACUUGCAUGUUUUAGCCUAAACCACAUUCUCCUCAUCUUCUGACUGUCUGACUGACCAUGAGGCCAUUAUUUUUAUUGUAUUGUUUAUUUAAUUAUAAUUGUAAAUUGUGUAUAUGUGUACUGACCGUUACAUUGAUAAUUCUGAAAGUUUCUACUUUAGAGCUGAAAACACACACUGACACACUGAACUGCAAUUUGUUUCUCCCUUUUUUUCUAGCACUUUAAAGUGAAAAGGACAGAAAAUCACAUUUAAAGAUCUCAUUCCAAUUCCACUGAAUGAUGUGACGUCUACAUUUAUAACCUAAUGUACUGACGGAGAAAAAAAACAUUUUAAAGAAUGAUAAAUUUGCUACAGGAAACGAGUUCUCACUUUGAUUAUCAGCAUCAACCACAUCAGUCUGUCUUAUCACCUGAGUUAAAUGUCACCUGUGGUGUUUAAACAUGAGCUUCAUGUUAAAGAAAAAAAAAACCUAAAUAAAAUUAUUUCCACAUCUUUCCACAAACUCAGUGUUGCUCAAAACAAUUCAGCUCUAGUGUCUUUCAAAGGGUUUUUCCAGACCACCUCACAUUUGUGGUUCUUGUUACCAUAUUAUUUAUUGGAAUUAAUAUUUUGGGGGGAUGCUGAGCUUUUAUACUGUAAAUGCUUACGUGACAGUGACAAUAAAAAGAUUUGUGCAUAGGAA